CAGCAGAGCGAGCUGGUAGAGGUCACCCUCGGAGUAAUAAGGGAGAGGACAAACUCUCACACACACAUACAGUAAACACACACACACACACACACACACACACACACACACACAGAAACACAGCAUGGAUGCAGCCGCUGUGUGCAACAGCAGAUCAAGUUGUCCCGGCUCCUGCAGAUGCGUCGCGGGACGCUGAGGACGAGAACGAGGUGACCAACAUGUCGGUUUCUAUGGCAACAGACUCUUACCCGCCCCUCGACUGGUCAGCGGCCUCGGUAACCCCUGCAGGCAGAAACGUCACCAGCCGGCAACGUGACCCCGUUCUGGCGGUGGCCGAGGUCGUGGUGCUGGCGGUCAUCUUGGUGAUGGCGUUGCUCGGCAACGGGCUGGUGCUGGCGGUGCUGCUGAGGAGGAGACGACACAACAACCCACUGCACCAGUUCAUGCUCAACCUCUGCGUGGCCGACCUGGUGGUGGCGCUGUUUCAGGUGUUGCCUCAACUCGUUUGGGACGCCAAGGGUCGUCUACCCGGGCCGGACUUCCUGUGUCGCCUGGUCAAAUACCUGCAGGUCCUCGGGAUGUUCGCCUCUUCCUACAUGAUUGUUGCCAUGACGAUGGACAGACACUAUGCCAUCUGCUGCCCCCUGCUGGCGCACCGCAGCGGGGCCACCCAGCGCUGGAACAGCUUCAUACUGCUGGCCUGGGGUCUGUCACUGCUGCUCAGCCUGCCACAGGUUUUUAUCUUCUCGCAGUCCGAAAUGGCUCCGGGUGUUUAUGAGUGUUGGGGAAACUUUGAAGAGUCCUGGGGCCUCAAAGCCUAGACUCUGGCCGUCUUCAUCCUCCCUGUCCUCAUCAUCACCGUCUGCCAGGUGAGAAUCUUCAAGGAGAUCCACAACAAUCUGUACCUGAAGUCAGAACGUCGCCUGUCCCCUGUCUUCCUCCCUCCAUCCAGACGGGACAGCCAGAGAGGAGGAGGAGGAGGAAGAAGUGGUGGAGGAGGAUGCAGAGGGAGGUCCAGUCUCUCUCUCUACGUUUCACCAAUCAUUUUCAACAACCCUGCUGGGAGUCAGACCAGCUUCGAGCCCGGAUCUACUUUUGUACACGUGCCCAUGAGUCCACUCAGGACCAACAGUCUGACUCCACAUUGUGAAAUCCACACCUACACAGCUGUUCACCCAGCUGAGCGGCAGCCUGAUGUCCUGCCUGACCCUGCAGCGCCCUCUGCUGUCUGCUGCAGCCCCCCCAAAGCGCCCCCGGCCCGUGGAGGAGAGAUAACAGCGGCCAUGUCAAAGACAGUGAGGAUGACUCUGGUCAUAGUGCUCGUCUACUCGCUGUGCUGGGCCCCCUUCUUCAGCGUCCAGCUCUGGGCCGCCUGGGACCCCAACUCACCACAGAACGAUGCAGUGUUCACGCUGCUCAUGUUGCUGGCCAGUCUGAACUCCUGCACCAACCCCUGGAUCUACUCCGCCUUCUCCAGCAGCAUCUCCCCGGAGAUCCGUCUCCUGCUGCUGUGCCGAAAACACACACCACGCCGAGGCUCCUUCCCGAGCGACUCCACCACCACACACAACUCCAACUACUGAACUACACACACACACACACACACACACACACACACACACACACACACACACAACUCCAACUACUGAACUACACACACACACACACACACACACACACACACACACACACACACACACACAACUCCAACUACUGAACUACACACACACACACACACACACACACACACAACUCCAACUACUGAACUACACACACACACACACACACACACACACACAACUCCAACUACUGAACUACACACACACACACACACACAGACACACACACAACUCCAACUACUGAACUACACACACACACACACACACACACACACACACACACACACACACAACUCCAACUACUGAACUACACACACACACACACACACACACACACACACACACACACACACAACUCCAACUACUGAACUACACACACACACACACACACACACACACACACACACACACACACACACACAACUCCAACUACUGAACUACACACACACACACACACAACUCCAACUACUGAACUACACACACACACACACACACACACACACACACAACUCCAACUACUGAACUACACACACACACACACACACACAACUCCAACUACUGAACUACACACACACACACACACACACACACACACAACUCCAACUACUGAACUACACACACACACACACACACACACACACACACACUCACACACACACACACACACACACUCACAGACACACACACACUCACACACACACACACACACACACACACACACACACACACACACACACAACUCCAACUACUGAACUACACACACACACACACACACACACACACACACACACUCACACACACACACACACACUCACACACACACACACACACACACUCACAGACACACACACACACACACACACACACACACACACA